AAAAAUUCGAAUACAAAAAAAAAAAAAAAAAUAUUCAUAAAUAUUGUUACCAUCAUACUCCUCUCUUCUUAAUCCACAUUGUUUUUCUUUUUCGUUCCAAAACACUGUGCAGUGUGUGAUGUGGCCAAUAUUCAUUCGAGUGAAAAAAUUGAAUUUUUAAAAUUUUUAAAAUUUUCUCCUCAUUAAUCAUCAUUGACUUGAAACAAAAAUGAAACUUGUACGACGAGAUAUUGAUCCAAAAACUCAUAAAGGAUAUGUUGUAUUGAUACCGGAAGAAGAAGAAGAUAUGUGGCAUUUAUAUAAUAUACUACAAGAAGGUGAUCGUAUACGUGCUAGUACAUUAAGAAAAGUAAUCACUGAAUCGGCUACUGGUUCAACUGGUGCGAAUAAAAUUCGUACAACAUUAACAAUCCAAAUUGAAUCAAUUGAUUAUGAUUUUGAUGCUUGUAUGUUGCGUGUAAAAGGGAAAAAUGUGGCAGAAAAUCAAUAUGUUAAACUUGGUCAAUAUCAUACUAUCGAUAUUGAAUUGAAUCGUAAAUUUACCCAAUGGAAAGAAGAAUGGGAUUCAUAUUCAAUGGAAAGAAUGGAAAUAGCAUGUGAUCCGAUGAAAAAUGCAGAUCUAGCGGCAAUCGUUAUGAAUGAAGGUAUUGCACAUGUUUGUCUGAUAACCGAUUCAAUGACAUUGGUACGAUCGAAAAUUGAUGUACAUAUUCCACGUAAACGUCGUGGACAUUGUGAUCAACACGAGAAAGCGAUGCAAAAAUUUUAUGAUCAAAUUAUUCAGGCAAUCAUAAGGCAUGUUAAUUUUGAUGUUGUCAAAUGUUGUCUAAUUGCAAGUCCUGGUUUUGUGAAAGAUCAAUUUUUUCAAUAUCUAAUGGAAUAUUCCACAAAGAAUGAUAAUAAAACAAUAUUGGAUAAUCGAAAUAAAUUCAUUCUUUGUCAUUCAUCAUCGGGUUUUAAACAUUCGCUAAAAGAAAUUCUGGCUGAUCCAUUAUUACAAAAUCGAUUGGCCGACACAAAAGCAGCAAAAGAAGUGAAAAUAUUACAAGAUUUUCAACGUAUGCUGAUGACAGAUUCAUCACGUGCUUUCUAUGGCCGUCGCCACGUUGAACGUGCAAUCGAAGCACAAGCCGUGGAAACUUUAUUAAUAUCAGAUCGUUUAUUUCGCUAUAAAGACGUUACGAUCCGGCGAAAAUAUAUCGAAAUUGUGGAUAAAGUUCGUGAAUUGGGUGGUGAUGUACGAAUAUUCUCUAGCCUUCAUGUAUCAGGUGAACAAUUGGAUCAAUUUACGGGCAUAGCGGCCAUCCUGCGAUUUCCAGUGGCUGAAAUUGAAGAUGAAGAUUUAGAUGAAGAAGCUGAUGUUGAAGAAGAAGAAGAAAAACAAGAAAGAGGUGACAAUGAUAAACAACAACAAGACAACGAUGAUGAUGAUGAC